AUGGUCCGAUCCCGCGCCGCGAGACACCUGCUCGCGCUUUCCGCCAUCCUCCUAGUCGCCUGGUAUUCUCUGUGGCACUGGGACUAUCUCGCUCGCCCAUCCAGCCCCGACGCUCCCCCGAAAAGCAGCCAACAUGGCGGCGACGAUGCUUCUGCGCGCCUCGAGAGCGCGCUAGUACCUUUCGAGGCUCAUGUCAUGAGCAAAUGUCCAGAUGCGAGGGACUGUCUGAGAGAGAUGGUUUUGCCGGCAAUGCAGAGAGUGCACGACAAAGUCAACUUCACCCUCUCAUUUAUCGGAACACCUACCGACAACGACGGUGUAGCUUGCCUACAUGGCCCCCAGGAGUGCAUGGGAAACAUCCUCGAGCUCUGCGCCUUUGAGCUAUACCCCGACCCUAAGAUCUCCCUGGGCUUUACCAUGUGCAUCUCGCGAGACUACACCCACAUACCCGAGCGAACUCUUAUUCAGGACUGCGCUCUCGAGCACGCCAUCGAUUUCAAGGCUUUGAACGAGUGUGCGUCCGGCGACGACGGCGCCCAUGGCGUUGAUUUGCUGCGCAAGAGCGUAAUACGAUCCAAGGAGGUAAGCGAAUCGCGAUAA